UCAUUACUUUACAAUAUGUCAAAUUAUUCCCAUGUCCACUCACAUUACACAUACAGACUACUUGUGAAUUGCAACUGUAAAGUCCGCUGAAGAAGUAUUAGCGCAUACCUUCACACACUGAGUGCCAUCGCAGUUCAAUUCCGGUUGCCGAGCCUUUUCACCCCAUUUUCUGUCUUCAAAUGGAAAUGAUUUCCAUUGGCCCAAGGUGUCCAUGUAAAUAGGUGUAAAUGAAACCAGAUUAUGCCUUCCUCCCAGCCCCCUCCCUCCCAUGGCAAUUGUCAUGUGAUAGCAAAGAGGUGGCACAUUAAUGGAGCGCCUCUACAGGGGUCUUUUCUGCUCAUGUCACUACAUAAAACUAUCAGAUGGUUAGAGGAAGGCCAUGGAGGCAUCCACUUAGCUCGUCUUAUCAAGGACGCCAAAUGAAGUCUAUUCAGCUCUGCUAGCGGGACAAGCUGACUUACUUUGCAAGAAAGACUUACAGCAGCCGUCACUCCAUAAAUGUGCACCGUCCGCCCGCCUGCACACUGCAGAGGCGCUCAACCUGGCUCUUUUACGCACAGCGCAAUUCCGGCUUUGCCCGUAUUGAAACUUUCCUCGGCUGUUGUUUUCAUGAAGAGCGGCAAGCUUUCGCUAAGGAAUUAAGGGGAGACUACUUUUUUUUUUAUUGCCUUUUUUUUUAUAUUUCUCUCCUGAAAACAUCGAGGAUGCCUCGUCCAGGGAGAAACACGUACAGCGACCAGAAGCCACCUUACUCCUACAUCUCCCUCACUGCCAUGGCGAUCCAGAGCUGCCCAGAGAAGAUGCUGCCUCUCAGUGAAAUAUACAAGUUCAUCAUGGAUAGAUUCCCUUAUUAUAGAGAAAACACUCAGCGGUGGCAAAACUCUCUGCGACACAACCUGUCUUUCAACGACUGUUUUAUUAAGAUCCCCCGGCGCCCAGAUCAGCCAGGUAAGGGCAGUUUCUGGGCUCUGCACCCGAGCUGCGGGGACAUGUUUGAGAAUGGAAGUUUUUUGAGGCGCCGCAAAAGGUUCAAAGUGUUGACUUCAUCCGAUCAUUUGGCUCCGAGUAAGCAGUCAGAUGCCGCCCAUUACCUCCAGCAGCAAGCCAAGCUGAGACUGAGCGCCCUGGCAGCCACUGGCACACACCUUCCUCAGAUGUCAACUUACAACCUCGGAGUGUCUCAGUCGUCAACUUUUAAGCAUCCGUUUGCCAUCGAGAACAUCAUCGCCAGAGAAUACAAGGUCCCGGGAAGUCUGGCGUUCUCCACCAUGCAGUCCAUGUCUGCCGGGUACCCUCUUCACAACCAGCUGACGACAGCCUGGCCCCACAUGUACAACACCAGCGUGAUUGACACGGCGGCCCCAAUCUCAAUGGCGAGCAGCGACUACAGUGCCUAUGGCAUGCCCAUCAAGUCCCUGUGUCAUGGUGGACAGUCCUUACCGGCUAUCCCUGUGCCAAUCAAGCCCACACCGACAUCCAUGGCCGGUUUCUCGGCGUUACCUCCACACAUCCCCGCGUUUCUAUCAAACUCUCCACAGUCUCUGAGCCCGACGUCCCCACAGACAGCGACGAGCCAAAGCAGCCCCGCGACCCCGAGCGAGACUCUGACGAGCCCCUCCACACUGCAGUCUGUGGCUGUGCACUGACCAGCUGAACUUUCCAACCAAGUUAAAACGAACUGGCUGGCUGGCUCCCAGGCUCCUCCAACCUUUUACCAAUUCCAAAGUUUAUAUUUUCUGUCGUCGGAAACUAUCAAGGCGAGUUGCAGUUGCAUAUCGAUUUAUUUGUGUAUAUGUGUUGAAUGUGUCGCUUUAAAUUGUGUCCGAAGUCCAGCACAGAAUCGCACAGCGAAGUUAUUGCUCUUGAAAAUAUAAAUUAUUUGAUAGUUCUAUUUUUCAGUUUUAUCGUGACAUGUGAGUGUUUAAAAAAAAAAAGUGGAGCCACUGAGGGGAUCCAAGGGAGGGGUGAAAGUGGAAGUUUGUUUUUUGGCACCAUCAACUCUGAUUUUUUUUCUUUCCUUUUUCUUUCUUUCUUUCUUUUUUUUUUUUGAAGUGCUUGUAAUUCCCGUGGCAGUUUUCAGUCUGAUCCAAUAGCAAAUCUUUUGCACCGUUUCUGUGUUGACCGUUGUAAUGUCAAUGAAAUUGCGAGGCAAUGGCUCUGUGUUUUUGUUUGCUUUUUAAUACCGGAAUGAUGGGUAAGGGUAUACCAAAUAGGAUUUUAGAUUUGUUCUUACCAUCCUUGUAAAAAACAAAACAAAACAAAAACAAAAACAAAACAAACAAAAAAAAAGCAAGCAAAGUGAAAUCUGAAAAAUGGAAAAAAUAGUAUUUGUGAGACGUCCUCAAAAUGCAAGAUGUGAAUAUUGCAAAUAACUGAUACUGAAAUGUUGUAAAAUGCACUUUUUAGUUUUAUGUUUUAGAUAUCUAUUUUCCAGAAAAUGUUCUGUGAAGCAUUUAAUUUAAAAGGCUGUGGUGACCAUGUGUAUCAGAUGCUGUAAAUUUGUACUAUUUUUUUUUUCUGUUUGUUUGUUUAGGUAAAGCAUGCAUUCUAAAAAAAACAAAACAAAACAAAACAAAACAAAUUUGUGUUGUUACUGUUGGUGUUAUAUUGCUGUUGUUUAUGUUUGUUUAUUUUUUUUCCCCUGCAAGCAUGCGUGCUUUCGAAAAGUGUGCAAACAGUCUGCAAUGAAUUUGGGGUGGGGGGGGCGGGCGGGGGGGAAAA